AAUGACGACAUCAGCCAGUGUUACGAUAAAUUGUCAAAAACAAUGUCUCUGAAGGAUAUGACCAUUCCUGGAGGUUGGACAUACGUCACCCAUUUCGGUGAUCAAGCUGUAUCCCGACUCAGUUACCUGCCAGCUCCGACUUACCAAAUUGCGCAAGAGCUUGGGACCUAUGCGUGUAACAAACCAGGACCAAUGUCCCCGAAUAUCUAGGAAGCCUCGACCAUCCCGUGGUUAUACAAGCUCACCCAGCGGCAAGGCUUGUAGGCUCAACGGGGACAAUGCUACAGCCGCAAUGACCAUCCGCGAGUGUCCAAACUUGGAAAGUCCAGAGAUCGAGUUGCCGUGCAAGAGCAACACAGACACAGAUCCCUUAAACUCGAGCACGCAGAGGCGAGUUACACAUGCGUAUCAGUGGUGCACACAUCCCAGCUCCAGACUCAGCAUCAGUACCCUCUCCAACGUUGACCAUCUCGGGGUGGAGGCUCAGACCUGUACCACGACCCAAGGCAGGCCACCGUCUAUAUCCUGGUCAUUCAGACCGUCCCACCUAGCCAGCUACAUUCAUUGCUGGUCUGUGUCCCGGCUAUGCCUUGUGAGUUGGUAUCGAGGCAUGCAUCACAACUUAUCCAUAGCGCCAUCCGAAUUCCUUGUUACUAUCCGGGUUAGGAGACGGCUGGUGAGAGACCAACAUCUACAUAGAUCCUUGCAGUCAGCCUGAUGUUACCCGUACUGCCGGGUGCAGCCUUUUACCGAGACGAGUAUGUUGAACAAGUGUUUGCGAUCGGUAGCCUGGAUGAAUGAGGCAUAUACGGGCUGCCAGCUCAGAUAUCCCGAUGGUGUCCUUGAGCGCUCUUCAACAAAGCAGAGAAUGAUCCACCUUGGGACGCUGAGUUACAUGCAAGUGGACUGCGUCGAUACCCG